UGCCGCGUAGGCCGGGGAGGCCGGGCCCGCCCGGCUGGGAGCUCUAGCCCCAUGCGCCGCCGCCGCCUCCCUCAACGAUGUUCCCCUCCCGGAGGAAAGCGGCGCAGUUGCCCUGGGAGGACGGCAGGUCCAGGCUGCUUCCCAGCAGCCUCCCCCGGAAAUGCUCCGUCUUCCACCUCUUCGUUGCCUGUCUCUUACUGGGCUUCCUUUCCCUGCUCUGGCUGCAGCUCAGCUGCUCUGGUGAAAUGGCCUGGGCAGCCAGGGGACAAGGGCAGGAGACCCCAGGUCCACCACGGGCCUGCCCCCCAGAGCCACCCCCUGAGCACUGGGAAGAAGAUCCGUCAUGGGGCCCCCACCGCCUGGCAGUGCUGGUGCCCUUCCGCGAACGCUUCGAGGAGCUCCUGGUCUUUGUGCCCCACAUGCAUCGCUUCCUGAUCAAGAAGAAGAUCCCACAUCACAUCUACGUGCUCAACCAGGUGGAUCAUUUCAGGUUCAACCGGGCGGCACUCAUCAAUGUGGGCUUCUUGGAGAGCAGCAACAGCACGGACUACAUCGCCAUGCACGACGUUGACCUGCUCCCUCUCAACGAGGAGCUUGACUAUGGCUUCCCUGAGGCAGGGCCCUUCCAUGUGGCUGCCCCAGAGCUCCACCCACUCUAUCACUACAAGACCUAUGUCGGCGGCAUCCUGCUGCUUUCCAAGCAGCACUACCAGCUGUGCAACGGGAUGUCCAACCGCUUCUGGGGCUGGGGCCGUGAGGACGAUGAGUUCUACCGGCGCAUCAAAGGAGCUGGGCUCCAGCUAUUCCGCCCCUCGGGAAUCACAACUGGAUACAAGACAUUUCGCCACCUGCAUGACCCAGCCUGGCGGAAGAGGGACCAGAAGCGCAUUGCAGCUCAAAAACAGGAGCAAUUCAAGGUGGACCGGGAGGGAGGCCUGAACACUGUGAAGUACCGUGUGGAUGCUCGUACAGCCCUGUCUGUGGGUGGGGCUCCGUGCACUGUUCUCAACAUCAUGUUGGACUGUGACAAGGCUGCUACCCCCUGGUGCACAUUUGGCUGAGUUGGCUAGACAGUAAGGAGGCCUGUAUCUACAGGCCACACUGCUACUCAGGCCCUGGACAAAGCCUCGGGCCCUGGGCCCAGCUCCAAUAGGAUGUGGAGUGGCCUGAAGCAGUGGACAGCAGGCUACAUGUUUACAGCAGCCCGACCCCCAGAGGCAGGCUUAAGUCAGGACAGGACACACAGGGUGCCUGGGAUGCUGCUAGCAAUAAACAGUGAUGGAGAGAGGCUAGGAUAUGACUCCCAACUGCUACUCUCCGCCUGCCUCUGCUUGCCCUGCUCUGCCCUCGUUUGCAUGCCGAGAUCUGUGGGCUUUUGUUCCUUCCCCCAGGACCAUCUCGUGCAGAUACAUGAUUUAGAGGCCAGGCUGCUGACAUGAGUGGCUAGGGCCAUUGGGCGGGUUAAAGUACAGAAACCAGAGAGCAAGCCCCACAGAAAGGGGACAGCUGAGUAGCUCUAGCUGGUUGUCACCAUGUAGGAAUAUGGGCCUGUGUUGUUGGAUCUUCUGAUUUUUCAAAAGAAACUAGAAUUCUGGAUUCUUAAGUGAAAUUGGUUAAUUAUUAAAUGACAGCAACUAAUUGAAACUUUUAAAAA